AUGUGCUUUAUUGCUCUAGAUGUUAACUGUUUGCACUGUAGCAAGCAUGAAUCAAAACCGAAAGCGCCAAAAUCAAUCGUUUUUGGCACUUUCGUUUGUGGCCACCUAAGCACGUCUUACUGUGACAUGUGUGAAGCAGCUGAAAAGGGUCAGGCUAGUUUGACAAUUUGUGGCGGAGGGCUUUCGGCCAUGGGGAGCUCGCUGCUUGUUCGAUUGCUUCAUGUACAGGCACCCAAGGUGCUGAUUGCAACAGUUCUUUUACUACUCUGGCAAGAAAACCUUUCUUUCGAUGGUUCCCUGGACUUCUUUGAGCUGUUUGCGGGGCAAGCAGAGGUCACAAAGUGCUGGAGAGACCAUGGCUUUCGAUGCUGUAACAUUGAUUUGGAAUACGCGGAAUGCAUGGACUUUGAAAGGAGGUCCUGCUUUGCGUUGUGCUUGUGGGCCAUUCUCAAUCAAGCACCUGAUGGUGUCAACCUUCUUGCACCAGUUUGCGGAAGCUGGAGUACAGUUUCCCGUGGGAGUACUCUGAGGACAUUCAUCAAUCCAAUGGGUCAUCAACAGUUUUCUUCCGUGGGGUUUGGCAACCGGAUGACCUCAAAGUGUGUCUUGCUAAUCUUGGUUAUUCUUGCCAAGAACUUGAUAUUCAUUCUGGAGCAGCCAUCCCAGUCAUUGAUGCCACGGCACAAGCGCCUGGAAUGGCUAGUGAACAGAGUGGCUUAUGUUUACGAAGUUCACUUCUGGCAGAUGCACUAUGGCAAGGACUGUCCAAAAAGAACAUUGGUCCUCAGCAAUUUGAGGACCAUUGACAUGUUGGACCGUGGUGUUCUCACGAAAGCCGAGAAGGAUGUCAAACAUACCCUUGAAACAACUCGCAAAUAUAUCGACCGGUCAGGGGUGGCCCGCUUUCAAGGAAAUUGCAACCUAAAAUCAACACAGGCAUACACGCGAGCAUUUGGAGAACGGCUCCUUGAACUCUGCCGGCUGGGAAAGGGUGACGCCAGGUAUGACCUGCGCACACGUGGGAAAUUUUCACAGGGGAAAUCGGACAGGGAGCUGUUUGAGGAUCUUAAGAUUGGUGACAUUUGGUAUGAGAGUAAGUGCCAUGAAACCUUCUUCUACCUCUACAGCAGCAAGCAUGUCAGGAUUCCAGAUUCUUGGGCGGUCAGUAUGGAAAAGUUCAAGAAAGAACUCUCAGCGGAGGUGAAGCUGGUGGAAGAGAACCCUGACAGGCAAACAUGCCUCUAG